CGAGCACAUCGCAACCAACGAAUGAAUAUAAAAUUAGUAAAGACUGUUAAAUGCACAUUAUUGUUCGUCUGGAAUAAAUUUAUCCUCUAUUUUUGCGUAACAUCGAAUUUUGCAGUCUAGUGCACUAAUUAAUAUAUUCAACAAAUGACCGGAUACUUAUCCACGCUUGAAGCCUUGUGCAAAUUCUUGGGAUCAUCUGGACGUGAAAGUUAAAACAGGGAUAAUUCUAGUAGAGUAGGAGAAAUUGUAUAAAUCACACAAUCCGGUUAAAAAAUCAUCAGUGUUUCCUGUUUGCACGAAAUGAAGUCUUUAGUGGCAAUUUUCCUCGUCGUUGCGACUUGUCUCGCUGAUGAAAAAAAGACAGAAAAGCGUGGAAUUGAGAGUUUUGGCCACGGGGGUGGACAUGGGGGCGGUUUUGGUGGUGGUGGUCUUGGGGGCGGCGCCACUGUCAGCACCAUCAGUCAGCAAGUACCAGUUCCGGUACCACAGCCGUAUCCAGUGACAGUCACCAGACCCGUACCAGUGCCAGUACCAGCUCCUUAUCAAGUUGAAGUACCACGAGCUGUUCAAGUACCAGUUCCUGUCCCAAGACCUGUGGAAGUACCACGUCCGUAUACUGUAACUGUGAACAGACCUGUGCCAGUCCCUGUCCAAGUCCCGGUUCAAGUUCCGUACCAAGUACCAGUUGAAGUACCGGUACCACAGCCCUAUCCCGUCACGGUUCCUCAACCUUUCCCAGUGAGGGUACCACAAACUAUCGUGGUACCGGUCCCAGAACCCGUCAAUAUUGGCGGAGGAGGAGGAGGAGGUUUUGAUGGAGGACACGGGAUUGGGGGAGGACAUGGAGGAGGGUACAGCUACUCCAGCGUGUCCAUUGGGGACCACCACUUUGGUACCAGCUCCAAGCACUGAUCGAUCGGUUAUUGUUAUUGUCUCAUUUUUUUCGCCCAUUUCUCAUUGUAGGUACCUCAUUUGUAUCAUUUGUAUUAUUUGUGAUAUUCUAGUUACUUUUAGCUUGUAGUUUUCGUACUGUCAAUAAAUUUGAUUUGAUAAUUUCGUCA